CAAUCUGUUCUCAUAAAUUAGUCCCAUCAUACUAAGAGAAUACUGGAGGUGGAAUCAGGAGAAGACUAAGAUGAAUGGUUCAAGUGCAUCGUCAAUGCACUUUCCAAUGAGCAUAAGUCAGAUUGAGUUGCUGAAUGGCUCAAAUUUCAAGAAAUGGAAGAGUGACAUUGAAUUGAAUCUGGGAGUUCUAGACUAUGAUCAUGUUUUGAAAGAAGAUCCACCAGAAGCAUUGCCCGCAACUGCAAGCAAGGAAAGCAAAGAAAAAUAUGAGAAGUGGUACAAGCACAAUAAGAUGGCACUGAUCAUGAUCAAGAAGAGCAUAACUGAGAAUGUGAUAGGAGGUAUUCCAGACUCAGAGUUUGCAAAAGUGUUCUUCAAUUCCAUUGCAGAAAAAUCAAGGUUUCCAACAAAGCAGAAACUGGAAAGCUUAUGA